AUGGUUGAAUAGAUAUUAAUUGAUUUGGAUUAUUUGAAUAGAAUUUUUGGUGUUAUUCAUACUGAUUUGAAACCAUAAAAUAUAUAAUAAUAUUUAUCAGAUGAAAAAAUUAAAGAUAUUGUAGAGAAUGGGUAAUUCAUUUACAUAAAUUUAACUAUUUUCAAAUAGAAUUCAUAUUUAUAGAAACAUGGCAUUUAUAAAGAUGAAGAGGAUGAUUUUAAUGAAGAAGAAGAGAAUCAGAUGAUUAAGAUUUAGAGAAGGAAAUGCAUGUUGGAUUCAUCAUUAUUUUUUUUACUUUAAUUAAAGCUAGAUAAUACAGAUUUCUUGGAGUAUUAUUGAG